GGAUGAAUCAUUUCGGUUUAGUUGGUUCGUAGCUAUAGAAGAGGGUGGUGAUGUGUUUGGAAUUCGUUUUGUUUUUUUAAUGUUUUUGUGUGACAUGUUUCUGUUAUGCCAGUUUUGAGUUGAUGUUGGUUCGUUUUUAGUUCGUCAUGCCUCAACCUACGGAUGCUUCUACCCAGCAUUGUUUGGCACGAGCUCUAUACGACAACACAGCGGACUCCCCAGAUGAGCUGCCCUUCCGCAAGGGCGACACCUUGAUUGUACUGGAACAGAACACCGCCAACAUCGAGGGGUGGUGGCUCUGCUCCCUUCGAGGAAGACAGGGCAUUUGUCCGGCUAAUAGGCUGCGGCUGAUCCCCGGCGUGUUCGAAGAUACCGGCCAGUCGAGGGUCUCCUCACCGCAGUUCACCGAGAUUCCCGGCGACUUUAAUUACCUUCAGCGGCAGGGAAAGCGAAGGAGUUGGCACGUCCAUCCCAAUCAGGUGGUGACCCCCAAAAAAUUCAAUGAUGUCUAUCUCUACGACAUGCCCCCCUCAAGAUGCUCACCAAUUCCGGUUUCUGGCCUUAGCCCAGGAUUGAGCCCCAGAGAACAGACGAACGACUGUUACGAUGUGCCCCCCCGGGCCAUUCCAGUAAGCAACGAGAACUUCCGGAACUGUCCCCGAUGCUCGCCGGCCCCCUCGUGCGCUUCCCCGAUAGGUCGAGAAUCGGGCGAGGCUUACGACAUCCCCAGGGCCAUCCUAGGGCACCCCAAUCAGUUGACCCCCUCCAGUUCGGCUAGUUCUCUGACGGCAGACUCGCUGAGCUCGUCGAACCGCAGCAGUCUGGCCAACAUGCCCGACUAUGAUGUUCCUAGACCGCACAACAGAGGUCCCCAGCUGGUGCUGCACGCGCCCCAGACCUACGACAUUCCAUCACAGACCACGAAGGAGUUGCCCUUAGAACUAAAUUCAGCUUUAGAAAACCUGGAGAGAUUACAGACUGACACGACGAGUGCAAUAUCGAAACUGCUGGGAUUCGUGGGACCCCAGUGGAGAACCAAAGAGAAGUUGGAGGUUAACCUGAUGGAGAUCAGGUUGUCGGUGACUAGGUUGGGAACAUCACUUCACGACUUGGCCGAGUUCGGGGAAGGUACUCUGGGCAACGCGGCUAGAGCUUCUGAUAAAAACAUCGCGAUCAAACUGGCGCCAUUGGUUUCCGCUCUGAGAAAGUCCGAUAGUUUGGUGCAGGAAGCGUCGGAAAAACUCAACAAACACAACUGGUCCUUGGAGGUAUUGUCGAGGCCGAACGAAGAAGAGAAGAUCCGCAAGCCAGACGAACUGGAACAACUGGUGGCUUGUUCGAGGGCGCUCACUGAAGACAUCCGCCAGAUAGCCUCCUUCAUUCAAGGCAACGGUCUGCUCCUUUUCAAGAAAGAACAAGCCCAAGGCACUAACAACACGGAGUGGGCCGAGGAGUACGACUACGUCAGUCUAGAUUCCAAAGAGAGCAUUUCCAAGAACCACGCGGAGAUCCUGAAGGAUUUACCCAAGGACCUGAAGAAGGGCUACGACAACUGCCUCAAACACGCGGACGAUAUAGCUUUCGACGGAGACCACAAGUCGGCAGGCCUAGACUCGGACGACAAACAACUCCUGACCUUCUACGCAGCACAGGUAGUCACACACCACACGAACUUAACACACGCCAUAGACGCAUUUUUACAGACUGUCGAACACAACCAGCCCCCCAAAAUAUUCCUGGCUCACGGCAAAUUCGUCGUACUCAGUGCUCACAAGUUAGUACUGAUCGGUGAUACUGUCCACAGGAACAUCUCCUGUAAGGAGAUUAAAGAUAGAGCCUUACAUUGUGCCAACGCCUUAUCCGAUGCUUUAGCCGCUAGUGUUAACAAGACGAAGCAGGCAGCGCUUCAGUUUCCAUCGGUGAACGCUGUCCAGGAGAUGGUGGAUUCCAUUGUGGAUAUAUCGCAUUCCGCGAAGGAUUUGAAGGUAUGCUUAGUGCAGGCCGCAGUUCCCCUAUAAUUUUCGACUGAGUUGCGCUUAAGGUUGAUUUGAAAUAAAUGAUUUUACUUCGCAAGCGUCCGGUAGUAUUUCGUACUUAUUUUGGAAGGACUGGAUCGGGUGUUUAGUUUGUUUGGUAAGUGGGUCGUAUGCUCCAUUUUACGUCUGUACACGCGCUGACAAAUUGAGGUCAAGUACCACAUGUGCGAAUUUUAUUAGAGUGUUAUCGUUAGAUAUUUUCUGUACUGCAUCCCAGUGUCAGCAACUGUAUGUUGGAUUGCUUAAUCAAUUUAUUCCAAACGUGUAGAUAUGAGAUAUAAUUUGUUACACUUCGAAAUGUUUUCCCGGGCCACAAAUAAUAAGAUACGUGUCGAGAAAGUACUUAAAGUUUGGGGAGUGACGUCGAUUUUAUUAUUUUUGGGGGAAACUUUUCCUUUUUAAAUAUUUGUAAUUUUGUUAUUUAUUAUUUUAAAUAUUCUA